AGGGAAAGGGAGAGGGAAUGAGAAUGGGAGGAAGAGAGAGAAAGUGAGGAGAAAAUGGGAAGGAAGAAGGGAGUGACGGGGUUUGAGGAGUCGGCGCCGGAUGACUUCGAUCCGGCGAACCCAUACAAGGACCCGGUGGCGAUGCUGGAGAUGAGGGAGCACAUAGUCCGAGAGAAGUGGAUCCAAAUAGAGAAGGCCAAGAUUCUCCGGGAGAAGCUGCGGUGGUGCUACCGCGUCGAAGGCAUCAACCACCUCCAGAAGUGCCGCGUCCUCCGCGACCAGUACCUUGAGUCUACUCGCGGCAUCGGUUGGGGCAAGGACCAUCGUCCCUACGAGUUCCAUGGCCCCAAGAAAGUCGAGGAGGUCGAGUCGGAAUGAUGGAUUAAGGUGAAUAAGUCUGGCCUGCAAUGUAAGCUUAAAUUGGAGGGAAGUUGGGGAUCACAUACAUUAUUGGUGCAUUGUUGUUGUUUUCUUGAUCUGUCUUAACUUAGACCCUGUGAAGAAUGGUUGUUUCCUUUUUCUUUCCUGUCAGAGGUAAAGUUCAGAUGCUGGGCUUUGACUUUUAUGUAGAUUAUCUUGCUUGUUAGCUUCCAAUUAUUGAAAGAGAUAUGGCUUGAGCUAUGCCUAGACAAAUCAAAAUAAAAUUCUCUCAUCGUUGAUGAUGUUUAAGACAUGGAUCAUAGAUCUCUUAUAAUGCUACAGUGAUCAUGAGAAGCUGUUAACUUUUCCAGUUUUCAACAGAGUAAAUGUGUACUUUGUUACAUUAUGGUUAUCCCUGGGUCUUCUUGUGCAUCUUCAUGUUUUUUUUUUUCGGAGUGACUAUCAACUUCAAGGGAUGAUUGGACUAAGGAGUUGUCACUGCUUGUGCUGGCUUCGUUUCUUUUGUAUCAACUUCUACAUGCAUUUGUAAGACUUUUUUUGCGUAAAGAUAUUUUGGCAAAACCUUUUCUUCCCGACUUGAGUCAUCUCAUCAUCUCAUGUAUCAGGGAGAAAAUAUCUCUGAACCUAGCUCAUUAGUGACCUUUCGGCACAAGUGCUGGACAACAGCCUUGG